UCAGCGGGGACUCUGGGGGGCCGCGGCGGGGCCCGGCACGCGACGGCCUCUGGGGAGUUGGGGUCUGGGGAGACCGGGCUUCAUCCCCCGCUCGCCCAGGCCGCGAGACCCUCGGGAGGCGCCUCCGCGAGGCCAGAGAGCAGCGGGCUCCCGCCGCUUCCCCUCUUCCUGAGCCCAAGGUGGGCACCCCGGCCCGGGGCUGGACGCCUGGUUCCCGCGUGAUGAGCGCUCCGACCCCUGGCGAGGGGGUGGGGGUGCCCUGAGCCUCUGCGGAGAGCGCCCCGAGCCCUUGAGGCCGCCGCCGCGUUACCUCGGGGUGGGUGCCCCGUGGCCCGGUGGGCGCCCGGCCCGCGCGGGUUAUUUUUGGCGCCCGCGGCGGCGCGUGUGCCGGGGCGUGUUUUCCUUCCCCAGGUACUGGGAGCCGGGGCCCCGCCGCCGCCGCCGCUGCCGCCGGAGCUGACUUGUGUCUCUCUCUUCUCUCCCCUGCAGGAAUCUUCCGAUAAUUCUGCCGCCACGACUUGAACCGUGCGCGAGGCGAGCUCGAAACAAACAUCACAUCUAAAUUAAAAAAAAAAAAAAAAAAAAAAAAAAAAAAAAGCGGAAGAAGCGGCCGAGGAGGCGGCGGCGGGAGGAGGAGAGGAGGAGGGGCCGCGCGCGGCGGCCCGAGGCGGCGGCGGGGACGCGGGGACGCGGGGACGCGGCUUUGUGCUGGCGGGUCGUGGGGCGCCCAUGGCGGAGUGCGGCCGGGGGGGCGCCGCCGGCGGGGCCCUGCCCACCUCCCCGGGCCCGGCCCUCGGCGCCAAGGGCGCCCUGAAAGCUGGAGCCGGAGAAGGCGGCGGCGGCGGCGGCGGCAGCAGCGGCGGCGGCGGCGGGGGAGGUCGCCUCGGCCACGGGCGGGCGCGCUAUGACAGCGGCGGGGUUUCCAACGGAGACUGCAGCCUCGGCGUGUCCGGGGACGAAGCCCGAGCCAGCCCCGCCAGGGGACCCCGUGGCGCCGCGGUCGCCCCGACCCCCAGCCCGGCCGCCUGCUCCCUCCCCCGGGAGAGCAAACCCGGCGGCCUGCCCCGCCGGAGCAGCAUCAUCAAGGAUGGUACAAAACAGAAAAGAGAACGGAAGAAGACAGUCUCGUUUAGUAGCAUGCCAACAGAGAAGAAGAUCAGCAGUGCAAGUGAUUGCAUCAAUUCGAUGGUUGAGGGUUCAGAACUCAAAAAGGUUCGCUCCAACUCCAGGAUUUACCACAGGUAUUUUUUACUGGAUGCCGACAUGCAGAGCCUGAGGUGGGAGCCAUCUAAGAAGGAUUCUGAGAAAGCCAAGAUUGACAUUAAAUCCAUUAAGGAAGUGAGGACGGGAAAAAAUACAGACAUAUUCCGCAGCAAUGGCAUUUCUGACCAGAUAUCUGAAGACUGCGCAUUUUCAGUCAUAUACGGAGAGAAUUAUGAGUCACUUGAUUUGGUUGCCAACUCUGCAGAUGUUGCGAACAUCUGGGUUACGGGACUGCGGUACCUAAUUUCUUAUGGAAAACAUACACUUGAUAUGUUAGAAAGUAGCCAAGACAACAUGAGGACUUCUUGGGUUUCACACAUGUUUAGUGAAAUUGAUGUAGAAGACCUUGGGCAUAUAACUCUGUGUAAUGCUGUGCAGUGCAUCAGAAACCUCAAUCCCGGUUUAAAAACUAGCAAAAUUGAGCUCAAGUUCAAAGAAUUGCACAAAUCCAAGGACAAAGCUGGUACUGAAGUCACAAAGGAAGAAUUUGUUGAGGUUUUCCAUGAGCUUUGUACCAGACCUGAAAUUUAUUUCCUUUUAGUUCAGUUUUCAAGCAAUAAAGAAUUUCUUGAUACCAAGGACCUUAUGAUGUUUCUUGAGGCAGAGCAGGGUGUGGCACAUAUAAAUGAGGAAAUUAGCCUUGAGAUUAUUCACAAAUAUGAGCCAUCCAAAGAAGGUAAGGAAAAGGGCUGGCUUUCCAUAGAUGGGUUCACUAACUACCUUAUGUCACCUGACUGUUAUAUAUUUGAUCCGGAACAUAAGAAGGUCUGUCAAGAUAUGAAGCAACCUUUGUCUCAUUACUUUAUAAACUCAUCUCAUAAUACAUACUUAAUAGAGGAUCAGUUCCGAGGUCCCUCUGAUAUCACGGGAUACAUCCGAGCUCUUAAAAUGGGUUGCCGGAGUGUUGAGUUAGAUGUAUGGGACGGGCCAGAUAAUGAACCUGUAAUUUACACGGGCCACACCAUGACCUCUCAGAUAGUCUUCCGCAGUGUCAUUGAUAUUAUUAACAAGUACGCAUUCUUUGCUUCAGAGUAUCCUCUUAUCUUAUGUUUAGAAAAUCACUGUUCUAUUAAACAGCAGAAGGUAAUGGUUCAGCACAUGAAGAAAAUUUUAGGAGACAAGCUCUAUACAACAUCACCCAAUGUGGAGGAAUCUUAUCUGCCAUCCCCAGAUGUCCUGAAGGGGAGGAUACUAAUUAAAGCCAAGAAGCUGUCCUCAAAUUGCUCAGGCGUAGAAGGGGAUGUUACUGAUGAAGAUGAGGGAGCAGAAAUGUCUCAGAGGAUGGGAAAGGAGAACGUGGAGCAGCCCAACAAUGUGCCUGUGAAGCGAUUUCAGCUAUGUAAAGAACUGUCUGAACUGGUGAGCAUCUGCAAGUCGGUUCAGUUCAAAGAAUUUCAGGUGUCAUUUCAGGUGCAGAAGUACUGGGAAGUGUGUUCAUUUAACGAAGUGCUUGCCAGCAAAUAUGCCAAUGAGAAUCCAGGGGACUUUGUAAAUUACAACAAACGUUUCCUUGCUAGGGUUUUCCCCAGCCCCAUGAGAAUUGACUCCAGUAACAUGAACCCUCAAGACUUUUGGAAGUGUGGUUGUCAGAUCGUAGCCAUGAACUUUCAGACCCCAGGCCUGAUGAUGGACCUGAAUAUUGGCUGGUUCAGGCAGAAUGGGAACUGCGGCUAUGUCCUUCGGCCGGCCAUCAUGAGGGAGGAAGUGUCUUUCUUCAGUGCCAACACAAAGGACUCCGUCCCUGGGGUUUCACCUCAGCUUCUUCACAUUAAAAUCAUUAGCGGGCAGAACUUUCCCAAACCCAAAGGAUCAGGUGCCAAAGGUGAUGUAGUGGAUCCUUACGUCUAUGUUGAAAUUCACGGAAUCCCUGCCGACUGUGCGGAACAAAGGACAAAAACAGUGCACCAGAAUGGGGAUGCUCCCAUUUUUGAUGAAAGCUUUGAAUUUCAAAUCAACCUCCCUGAACUGGCCAUGGUGCGCUUUGUUGUACUAGAUGAUGACUACAUCGGGGAUGAGUUCAUUGGUCAGUACACAAUCCCCUUUGAAUGUUUACAGACAGGCUACCGCCACGUCCCCUUGCAGUCACUGACUGGAGAGGUCCUAGCACACGCUUCUUUGUUUGUCCACGUGGCCAUUACUAACCGAAGAGGAGGAGGGAAACCACAUAAAAGGGGCCUUUCUGUGAGAAAAGGGAAGAAAUCCAGGGAAUAUGCAUCUUUAAGAACAUUGUGGAUUAAAACUGUAGAUGAGGUGUUCAAGAAUGCCCAGCCCCCUAUACGGGAUGCCACAGAUCUGAGAGAGAACAUGCAGAAUGCAGUGGUGUCAUUCAAAGAGCUGUGUGGCCUCUCCUCUGUGGCCAAUCUCAUGCAGUGCAUGUUGGCGGUAUCUCCCCGCUUUCUGGGAGCUGAUAACACACCCCUCGUGGUCCUGAAUCUUAGCGAGCAGUAUCCCACGAUGGAGUUGCAGGGAAUCGUGCCUGAGGUUCUAAAGAAGAUUGUAACAACUUACGACAUGAUGAUCCAGUCCCUCAAGGCAGUGAUUGAAAAUGCAGACGCUGUAUAUGAAAAGAUUGUACAUUGUCAGAAGGCAGCCAUGGAAUUCCAUGAACAUUUGCACAGCAUCGGCACCAAGGAAGGUUUGAAGGAACGAAAACUACAGAAAGCAGUGGAGAGCUUUACCUGGAAUAUCACCAUCCUAAAGUUCAAAUUCCAAGGAGAGGAAAUCUGAUCGGCUGAGCCUACCCUUUCCUUUCACAUCCAGACCUGCGGUCCUAAAGGUAUAAGCCUCCUCUCGUAUUAAGUUCUCCUUGGAUCAGGUUCUCUACCUGCUUCAAUCCACUGUGCUCAGGAAGGCACUGUUACAUGGCACAAAAUACGGCCGCCUUGACUGGCUAUUUCAGUUCUCUGUUGCCAUAGAACAAACCAUGACAAAACUAGUGGCUUAAAACAACAGCUUCUUAUUUGAUACGAUUCUGUGGGCUAGCUGUGGUCAGCUGGGUGGUGUUUCUGCUCCAUAUGGUGUUGGUUUGGUUCAGCUGGGAGGUCAGCUGGGCCUGGAGUAGCCAAGAAGGCUCCACUCACGUGGCUGGCAUGUCACCAGGGAUGGCUAGAAUGGCUGGGUCCCCCUCUUCUUGAUCUCUCCCUUUCUCUGCAUGGCCCAUCGUCAUUCAGUAGUCCAGCCCCAGCUUCCUUAUAUUGCUAUGAGAUUCCAAGAAAACAAAAGGAGAAGCUGCCAGGCUUCUUAAGACCACUUCCUCCAUGUUACUGACCAAAGGAAAUCAACUCCAGCCCACAUUCAAGGGAGGGGGAAGUGGACUCCGCCUCUUAGUGGAUGGAGUAGCAUGCCUGGACAGAGAUGGAAGGAAUUAUGGCACCUGCCUUUGGAGAUAGUCUACCACAGUGGCAGAACCUGCCAAUGACGCAUUUUCCCUUAGAAGGGUAUAGGAUACACUGUGAGGCUUGGCCACACAACCCCAUAAAGUCAUCAAACCCACCUUCCUGCUGCUCCCACCAGAUUGCCAGCCUGCUCCACUGUCAUGCAAUCUUAGUUUUGUUCUGCCAUACAGUAUAUGGAAUUUUAUCUCUCUGUAACUUCAUUUCUACCCACUGGUUCCAGUAAUACCCUCAAAGCAGCACAGAAUUAUUCUAUUCCCUCCUCCUCAACAUCCCUUUGUACCUUUGCAAACUAUCAUUACCUUCUCUUAGACCUCCCUGAUUCAGGUCAGACAUGCUCAAUCUCUGCAGAUAAUAGGGUGAGAUGGCAUCUGAUCCCCUCCUCACUGGGUCCCUUGGUCUCCUGAUGGCUCUGGUUUGUCAGUGUCCUUCAUAAGAUGGGGUGGCAAGAAUUAUCCCCAUACUUUGGAUAAGCGGUGCACUGACGGCCCCAGGGUAGGACUCGUCAGUAUGGUUUUCUUCAUAAUCUGAAAAUUAUCUUACUGUCAAUACAGGCCAAAAUUAUGCUGGAUUUUCUAACACCUGUGUCAUAUCACAGACUCAAAUAAAGUUUAUUACAACCCCAAGAUGUUUUCCAGAAGGAUUGCUGCCAAGCCAGCUCUUCCUGUUCCGCACCAUCCGCCCUCAAAACCAAGACUAAAAGCUAAGCCCUAGAAGUAAUUAGAGAUUUGUUCUCUCUAGGAAAAUGAGACUUCUGCCAAAAAUAAAUAGUUAAACCAGACAGUCUUUGCACCUGCUGAGAUGUUCAUCUUGAUUUUGUUUUUACCUGAGGUAUAGUACUUACCUUGAAGACUGAAGAAUGACAUUUGUUUCUUUUCUGAACAUUGCUGUGAUGGCCCAUGGGCAACUCCUUUUCUUUAUUGAUGUUAAUAUCCUUUAGUUAUUUUAUGUACUAGGUGAUGUAUUAUGUUGCCUGUUUUCCUGAAAAUCUGUAAUUGGCUGGAAGCCAUUCCUCUCUUUAGCAUGUGAAGACUCUUCAGAAUGACUCAGAAAACCAAACUAUGGUAGUGCCUGUCAUUAGACAGGCUGUACUUUCUGGUCCUUUUAAAACACAGUAAAACCUCAGACCUUGGAUCCCACUAAUGUGGAAUUUGUGAUCACUCAGCUAACGUUUAAUCGUGCAAAAAGUGUGCUUAAAAAAUUAACAGUGCGAGGGAAGUGCUUGUGCGUGCUGUUUUUACUAGCGUUUUCGAAGCUUCCGUGUUCGUGGCCCUGGCCCUGCUCAUCCCUCAGCAUCCCCUUGCUCUCCCCUUCUCUCUCUACACACUAGGCACACUGCCCUUGCUCCCCUCUGGCCCUGGCCCCUUUGCCUGGAACACUCUCUUGACCUCCUGUCUUCUAUGCUUAGGUCAUGGCUCACUUCCACCAUCUGCAGCCUCCAAUGGCACCUCCUGAAAUCCUCACCCCCCCUCUACCACGUGAGCCACCAGCUCUGUGUCAGGGGAGGUCGUCUCCCACUGUAGGGGGCCAGCUCUCACUGCCAGUGUGAGACUUAGCUUUUCCCAUGCUCAUUCCCAUUAUCAGAGGGAGAUGUAACCACAGUUGGAACUCAGAAAGCUUUGUAGCAUAGAAAUCAUGCUACUAAGCCGUGGUUAGGCCCCAAAGGCAUCACUUGUUGGGAGUCGUAGAGUCACGUGUGGAAGGAAGGCAGCGUCUUCCACAGCCCCUUGGCCUCUGCUGAAAUCGUUUCCCGCCCGUGUCAAGGCCCAACUUAGACCUCCUCCAUUGUGCUGCCUAGGAAUGCCUGGGAGCACUCACCCCCCCAUCUUUGUUGAGUGACACGUAAAAUAGUUUCUGAGGUGAAAGACACCCACUCUGAAUUUAAAUCGCAUCUUAUGUUAAAAAUUUUAAAUUAAAGUGUGCGUAAACCUUUGAGCACAACCUUUGUGAAGUUGAGAAACAACUGUAAAUGUGAUGAAAUAGCCAAAAUAUCGGCAGCGGGGAGGGGAUCGAGGUGCAAGGAUAGUCCUGGACCGACCCACUUUGCUUGCAUAAUCAGGACACUGCUUCAUACAGCUUGAAUGUCUCUCUGGAUUAAGGCGAAGACUAAGGGUUAGGAGUCUUGCUCCCGGAACCGUUCUUCAUACUCUCAGAGGGCCUUUCCACCUGGCCAGCACCUGCAAACCCUUUGGGAUGGAGUCAGGGGAGACGGAAGGCAGUCUUCUUGCUGAGAAGAGAGGAAUUCACUUGCAAUUCACAUGUCACUCCCUUCACACAUGUGACUGAGCACAGGGGAAGCCAAUAGGACAGAAAAAAAUCACGAAACGUUUAACAUGCGUUUAUCAUCCCACAGCCGAGCACAUGCUGCUAUGCUCUGUUGCACCAACUUCAGGUGACUGAUGAUCAGGGGAUCUUUGUUCAAGUGUAAGGUUUAUUGAGACGUCAGUAGGAAGAAGACCUUCCUUAACUCUGACGAAUGUGCUACAGCCUUGGCCAGCCACACGGGCCUCUCAAGGGGGGCGUUCGGAGUGCAGUGAGGCAGCUUAGAACCGGGGCCAGGAUUUCCGUGGCCCCACCAUGGUGUUGUUCGCUCCCUACUCAUUCAACAAAUACGAAUGGAAAUCUGUAUCUCUGUUCUUGUGUUUAAGCACAGGAAGAAGGAAUUGCCUGCACCAUUGGUGAUACACUGGGGAUGUUAGAAAUGUAGUGGACGUUACACUUUGCUUGCUUUCAAGUGUCACAUGUAAUGUGUGGGCUCAACUGUAUAGCUUGGGCCCUGUGGUUUAGUUAAUCCAAAAAGAAAACAGAACACACAGAGAGAAAGUUGUAUGUUUUUAAGUGUAAUUUGCUGUGCAGGCUCUGCCUUGGGUAAGCCCCUUCAUCCCUCUAAACUCAAUGUCCUUGACUACAAAAUUGGGAAUACUAACAGUAGCUCUCACAGAACUGAGAUUGUCACGAGAUAGUCUUUGCGAAGGGCUUAAUACAGUGCCCGGCAUACGUUAGUCACUCUCUUUCCAAGAAAUGUUUCCUGAUUAUGAGCUUGUGUUAGGGUUUUGCAAUUUAGAUUCUCUGGCAAGAGACAGCCAGAAAAACCCUAGGUCCCUGUGCUGUCAUCUCAGAGUGAUGCUGAGGGAGGGGACAGGAAAACUCUUGCAGCCUUCUGGGUGAUAGGAAAGAUAAGGACGCGUGCAUGGCAAAUUGCUGAGUAAGGGGUCAGCGUGUGGCCGGUGCUAGGUGCUUGCAGGGUGGCAGUCUGUCUUCCUGCUGGGCCUUGGCGCUCUCCAGGUGUCUGCCCCCCUCUCUUUAUCCCAGAGUUAGCUUCAUGUCUUGGGGGAGCAGAAGGUAUCGGUGGAGGUGCCUAGAAGCUGCUUUGUUCCUGAGUGGACAAAGAAGCGGGAAGGAGGCAGCCUAGUCCAUGCCAUCCAAAUGAAGCUUCUCGGGCUGGGGCCGUUAGUCCCAGAACAACCCAGAAGUCAGUGUGGGCCCCAGACAUGCUGAGGUCAAACCAGACACUGAUAGCUUAUGUCUUUAUUUGCAUUAAAUUAAAAAUUUUUUGACUACCUUUGUACCUCCUUCAGACUCCCAAAAUGGUAUGGGUAUCCUCUUUUUUCCUCUUCCAUCCACCUGCUUAUAAUGUGGAAGAAAUGUGUCUGCUGACUCCCAGGGAACGGCAGAUGGCCAUUUUUGCCCCUUCCAGCUCUCAGCCACGUGGCCAUUGCACGGAUUGGUGGCAGAGGUCGGGGGAGUCUUUGUGGCCACCCUGGUUCACUCAUCUCAGAAGGAAGACAAUUCUGUUCUUCUCUAAUAGACAGUUGGAAUAAAAAGCUUUGAAAAAGAAUAACGGAAGUGUACAAUCCCUAUAGUUUUAGCUCUAAGUCUAAAUAAAAGCAGUGAAUUGUGGUUGUUAAUUUUAGAUUCAAAAACUAUGUAGGACUAACAGAUGUGCCUUGAAGUAUUUUUAACAUAUUAAAAGCUAGGGCAUCUUUUAUGGUCAGACAGAAAGUUUGGUGAUUGGCCAAGUGUUGAGUAUGGCUGGGGCACUAGCCAUGGUGUCUGGGAUCUGCCAUCAUUCCUUUCCCGGCUGCUCCGACCUCUGACCUGAUCUCAGGCAGCCGCCGGCAGGGCCAGAAGGAGCACAGUUGCGGCCAGCUCUCCACAAGAGCCGCUGGGAUCCAGCCCUGCCCUUAGCUAUGUCUUUUAAAGAUUAUAUUCCGAGUCUAAGUAGGAACCUUAAAUAUUAUGACCUAAGGUUGUUAUAACUCUUUCAAGAUGAAAACCAAAUAGAAUAACUUUUUAAAUUCAAAACAGAAUGUGUGAAACCAAAUAGAGUUUGAGUUUCUCAACUGGAAACGUUGCAAAGCCAGUUUCGUAGGAGUCUUCAAACCCAGAUGCCCUGUGUCAGUGGGCGGCGGUGUUUUAAAUAGCCUUUGCUCUUUUGAAGCAACGAGACGUGAACACUGCUACAGCAAACACCAUCAUCACCUUGUUCAGAAUUGUUCUCUGCUCCCGCUGGAUGCCACAAUCCUGAGAUGUGUCAGACAUGCGGUUGUGGACGCACAGAACAAAAUACAAGUGCUGGGGAUAAAACUCAGCAGCUCCCCAGCUCUGGGGGUCCUUUGUGUCUCCCCUGGCUAGGUGUGGAAAGCCUGAUCCGUUCAAAGUGUGGUAAUGACCUGUCUAAACUUGGGAACCAAGAUUCCACCAGAUAAAGAAUUCGUUAUUACCACAUUAAUUAUCCUGUAUACCAUCUGGGGAUUUUUCUAUUUAAAUGCCCCGUCAUCCUGUGGCAGAUCUAUAUAUGCUGACAUGGAAAGAUUGCCAAGACAUGAUUUUUGGUGAAAAAAAGAAAACUGAAGAAUGGCAGGGUUUGCUUGAUUUCAUUUCUGUAAAAAAUACAAUACCUAUUCAUAAUAUAUAUAUAAAUGCAGAGAAAAAGGUGAAGCACAUGAUUGGGAGGCCACUGUGAGGAUUAAAGAGGAGACUUUCACAUCUUAGUGUCAUUAUACUCAUUCAACACAUUUCUUAAGCCUGUGUUGUAUGCCUGGUGCUGUUGUAGGCUUGAGGGGUGAGGGUUCAGCAGCGGAUUGAAGACGUGAAAGUCCCAGUUCUCCUGGAACUCACAUUUAAUGGGAGAGACAGACAGUAAACAAAGCAACACAGAACAUGUCAUGGAGAAAGCAAGGCAGGGAAGGGGCAAGAAGAGUUGGGGGCAAGAGGUGGCAGUUUUCAUUUUGGAAAGGCUGUCAGGGAGUCAAGGCCCGAAGGAGGUAACAGAGCAAACUGUGUGUCCUUCUGGGGCGAGAGCCUUCCCUGCAUAGGCAAUGUUGAGUGUGCAACCUUGAGGCCGGGCCAGAGAGGACCUGCCGUGUCUGAGGAGCAUUUAGGGGCCCAGUGUCACAGUGGCUUAGUGAACAAGGUGGGGUGAUGAAGAGGGUGAAGACAGCUCGGGGGCUGUGAGAAAGGACUUUGACUCUCAGUCUGAGUUAUACGAGGAGCCACGGGUUGGGGGGUUCAUGUUCUGACUGUGUUUAGUUGUAUGUCUCUGGCUGUCAUGUUGACAGAGGAGAAGCCAGAUGGCCAGUUGUCAUAAACUCAGAGAGAGGUGAUGGUGGUUCAGGCUGCCAGUGGUAGCAAUGAGGGUGGUAAGAAGUGCUGAGAACCUGUAUAUGUGUAUAUUUUUUGAAGACAGAGAUAAUGGAGGCUGCCGACAAGUGGGAUGAGGGAUGAAAGAAAAGGAGACGAGUCAAAAUGGUACUAGGGUCUGUGUUCUCAGUCACUGUGAAAACGGAGUUGUCUUACCCUGAGAGGAGCUGGUUAUAGAGAGGCUGGUAGGAAGGAUAUCAGGAACUCAGUUUUGGACACGUGAAGUCUAAGAGGACAUGCCAAGGAAGCACUUUGAACAUAGACCUACUAAUUUUUAUUAAUAAAAAUAUUAGAGCAGAAAUCGGUGAAAUUGACAUCAGGAAAUUAAGAGAGAAAAUCAAUAGAACUAAAAGAUGGUUCUUUGAAAAGAUCAUUAAAAUCAGUAAGUCUCUAGCCAGGCUAACUAUGAAGGAAGAAAAAAAGAGGACACCAAUUACUGAUAUCAGUAAUGGAAGAAGGGAUGUCACUACAGAUCCCAUGGGCAUUAAAAGGACAGCAAAGGAAUAUGACGAACAACACUAUUCCCACAAAUUUGAUAACUUAGAUGAAAUGAGCCAAUUUCUUGAAAGGCACAUUUUACCAAAACUCACAAGAAGAAAUAGACUAUUUGAAUAGAUUUAUCUCUAUUCAAGAAGUCAAAUAAACAAUUAAUAACCUUUUAAAAUGAAAGCACCGGCUCACAUGGGUUCACUGGUGAAUUCUAUCAAACAUUUAAGGAAGAAAUUAUGCCAGUUUUUUUUUUUUUUACAAUCUCUUCCAGAAAAUAGAGGCAGAGGGAAUACUUUUUAAUAUAUUGUACGUGGCCAGCAUUUAUCCUAAUACCAAAACCAGAUAGACAUUACCAAAAAAACUACAGAUCAAUAUCUCUUAUGAACAUAGAUGCAGAAAUCCUCAAGAAAAUAUUAAAAAACUGAAUCCAGCAAUGUAUGAAAAGAAUUAUACACUGUGACCCAGUGAGAUUUAUACCAGGUAUGAAGGUUGGUGCAACGAUCGAAAAUCAAUCAGUGUAAUCAGGCUAGAGAGGAAAAAUCACAUGAUCAUCUCACUAGAAAGCAAGAAGGCAUCUGACAAAAUCCAGUGCCCAUUCAUGAUAAAAACUCUCAGCAAAUUAGAAAGAGAAGAACUUCCUCAACUUGAUAAAGAACAAAACACCUUUAACUAUCAUACUUAAUGGUGGGAACACUCAAACGUUUCCCAUUAGGCAAACAUAGGCAAAGAAAUCCCCUGACUCCACUGUUUUUCAUCAUUGUACUAGAAGUCCAAGCUAAUUCAAUAAGACAAGAAAGAAAAAUAAAAGUUAUACAUUGGGAAGGAAAAAAUAUAACUUUGUUCACAGAUGACAUGAUCGUCUAUGUAGAAAUUCCAAAAGAAUUGACAAAAAACUCCUGGAACUAAUAAACGAUUAUAGCAAGGUUGCAAGAUACAAGGUUAGUGUAUAGAAGUCCAUCACUUUCCCAGAUAACAGCAAUGAACAAGGGUAAUUUGAAAUUAAAAAUAUAAUGCCACUUACAUUAGCAUCUCCAAAAAUAAAAUACUGAGGCAUAAAUCUAACAAAAUAUGUACAAGAUCUACGUAAGGAAUACUACAAAACUGAUCGAAUAUAUCAAAGAAGAAAUGAAUAAAUGGAGAGACACUUCCUGUUCAUGGAUUAGAAGACUCAAUAUUUUCAGGAUGUCAUUUCUUUCCAAAUUGAGCUAUAGAUUCAACAUAAUCCCAACCAAAAUUCCAUCAAGUUAUUUUGUAGAUAUUGACAAAUCAAUUCUAAAGUUUAUAUGGAGAUGCAGAAGACCCAGAAUAGAUGACACAGUCUUGAAGGAAAAGAACAAAGAGGAGUGACGCUACCCAAGUUGAGAUUUACUCUAAAGUACAGUAACUGGGGCUCCUGGGUGGCUUAGUUGGUUAAGCAUCUGACUCUUGAUUAUGCCUCAGGUCAUGGUCUCUGGGUUAAUGAGUUCGAGCCCUGCAUCGGGCUCUGCAUUGACAGUGCAGAGCCUGCUUGGGAUUCUCUCUCUCAUUCCCUCUCUCUCCUUCCCUGGCUCUCACUGUCUCAAAAUAAAUAAUUAAACUUAAAAAAAAAAAAAAA